AUGAUGGCUGAACAACCAAAAAGAAUACUCGAAAUCAACAACAACAAUGAGCCUCUUAAUCUUCCCAUUGUGAAAUUUCCACCAUACACAUUAAGAGCUCAAUUAAUCGAAAAAGAUCCUGUUGUUUGGUUGCAUAUAUUAGAAACAUACGUACACUAUUGCCAAUGGUUGAUGGCAGGUGACAACAAUUUAGGUCACGGAUCUAACAUUUCUAUGAUUGAUCAACUAGAUGAGACCACUUUAGAUCAUCUUAGAAUCUUUUUAAGAAGUUAUCUUCAUGAAAUGUCGUUAGAAGCUGGGAAAUUAGUCAGUUUAGGAUAUAAUCAAGACGUUAAAGAGCAAUUACAAUUGUUGAGAAGUUGGAUAUUCUAUAUCAUUAAAUCAUGUGGUUUAAUAUAUUUACAAAUCUUUGGUGAAACUCUAUGGGAUCUAGUUAAAUUAUAUGUGAUUAAUAAUCCCAAAACCGUUCAAGAUUUGAUACUUGGUGAAUUAGUUCCAACAGUUAAUGUUCAAAGAGCACAAAUCAAUAGAAUUCCACAAUUACAACAAUCUUUGAAACUACUCAUUGAAUCAAAUAAAUUUGACAGAACAGAUUUAAAGGCGUUACAGGCAUUAUUAUCGUAUCAUGAAAACACUACUACCACAACUUUUAAUAAUAACAAUAGCAAUGGCAGUAAUAAUAAAACUAAAACUACAAAUACAAAGGAAGAAUGGUUUUCCGAAAAAUAUUUAACUCCUAAUUGGAUAGAAAAUCUGGAAUUAUGGUGGUCGAAGGGAAAAGGUCGUUUCAACGAAUUAUCAAGACAAUUAUGUGUAACACUUCUAUUAUCAGUAAGAGUUCCUCAACUGGUUAAAUUUUUAACGGAAGACUUAGAAAUAACCAAUUCUGAUACACUAUUAUAUUAUCCAUUGUUAGGAUCAAUCCUAACGAAUGAUAAUUUUUUGAAUAAAAGAAAAGAUAUAAUCAAUUACUUACCAUUUUUGACAUUGUCUUCUAUUGAAGUUGAUUUCAAUGAUUCACAAAAUACGUUAUCUGAUCAAACUAAUUUAGCAUCUAUAAAUGAGCCCAAUAAUGAAGAUAUAUCAUAUUUACAAGAAUUGUUUCCUGAUUUGACCAGAAAACAAGCCAUACUUUUACUAACAAAUUAUGAUAAUAACCUUAAAUUAAUAACAAAUGAGUUAUUUGAGAAUCCUACUUUGAUAAAAACAUUGGAAGCACAAGAAACGAGAACUAGCAAAUUCCUAUCUAAGAUUGAUAACAUUGAUGAUGACAAACAGAUUGAAAAACCAUUAGUUCUCAUGAAAAGAAAAGAUGAAAGUAAAAAUAUAAUUAAACAUGUACCAGAUGAAAUUAAUAACAAGAUAUUAACUAGAACAUUGAAGCUAUUGUAUCAAGAUGAUGAAGAUGAAAGAGAUGACACCUACGACGAAGUAGAAGUAGAGACUAAUAGAAUAAAUGGAUCUACUCAACGAAUAGGUAUUGGAAAAGAUGAUAGUACUUUUAUAUUUGAAGAUGAGAACAAUCCAGAUAACACUAGCAAUGAUAAUAGCACAUUAGAAGACAGUUUUGAUAAAAACGAAGCAUACUUAUGGGACCUAUUAAAACAAGAUAAAACCUUAUUUGAAAGGAGUAAAAGAGGUUCUAACAUUAGAAAAAAAAUAAAGAAUCAAACUAAUUGGUCUGAUGAACAAAUCGAAGGUUGGGCAAGAAUGCUAGAAAGGUCUCCACAGAGAGCCAGAAUACUUGAAGAGAGAUAUAUGUUCCAUGGGAAUAUCAGGACUGGGAAAACAUCUUAUGUCAAGAAUAGAGAUGAAAAUAAAGAUACUAAUAAGAAUUCAUCAAUAUCUAAUAAAUAUAAUGAAUCAUAUGGAUCAAAACCCAGCAAUAAUCCAAAAUUAAACAAAAAAAAAUAUCAAAGAGGACCAAAAAAGACAGACACAUCUAAAGUUACAAAUAAGAAUAGAGACAUCGUCAAAGGAAAUUCUAACAAAAAUGAUGAAGAUGAUAAAAAGCACAAAAAUAAAUCUACUAAGAACAAAUCUACUAACAAUAAAAAAGCAUGA